UCUAAGAGAAGGUGUAGAUAUAAACAGAGGUAUGUUAAAGUAUUUUGUAUCGUUGAAUUAAUGGAUUUUUGAAGCGAUUCUUUAUCUAAAUGUCCACUAAUGAACUCGAAACAGUUAGGCAAAUGCCAAGAUGAGUUCACUGUCGGAUGAGAUAGAUGAAGAUUCUGUGUGCACACCUCCUCUGUUCACGCCACCCCCAGAAGCCCCAAUUCCGCCACCACCGCCAUUUUCGCGUACUGCCUAUACAACAACGACAAAUGAAAAAACAGGAGACUUGAGCAAUAACGCUGUCCUCAAUGCUGAUCCUGUAAGCGAAGGGCAGAGGGCAUACAUAUACGCAUGUAGUGCUAUACCAGACAGUUUAGAGAACUACAUGUGUGUGUCUUACCAGCAGAAAGUAGAGCCCAUUCUCCAGACUGGCCCUCAAUGUGGAUUAGUUGCCCUAGCAAUGGCAGAGUCGGUGCUACACAAGGAGGUUACACUUGACCAAUUAUCGGCAAUCAGCCAGGCUCAGGGCUUUUCCAAACAGGGUGAAAUGUUCUCUGCUAAAUUCAUGGAGCAGACUGCUAGGCUAUCAUACGGUUGCAAGACGUCUGUUCUUGAUAUUCGAGAUGUCGCUGGUAAAUGGGAGUUCCUCAACUGCCUAGCUCGUGGUGAUAUACUGCUUGUACCAUAUGACCCAGACAAAAACUUUGUGCCCGUCUUGAAAAAGGGACAUAAAGCUCAUUGGGCAAUUGUCUCAGGGUUCUUUGCUGCAAUUAACGACGAACAGAUAAUGGCACUGUUUCCAAAAGGCAGCAUUAAAAUGGACUCAGAAUUCUCGAACUUGUUUCACUGUGACACACCCCCAUUGCCUUCCAACAGCGGGCGAGUGCUUCCAGCAGAACCCAACGUUACGCCUCGGGCGCUGUCUGCUAAUGUUCCGACACGACCGCAAGGUGCUAUGGUCUCAAACCGAACCAUUUCUGCCCGGACUUUGCCAGUAGAGCCCCUGAAGUUGCAUGCGAAGGAGAAUACAAAACUUUGUCACAAUGUAGGUAACCUGGCUCACAAAGUGAACACUGCUGCUUCCUCAAACAUGCUAUGUAAAAAUCCACUGGAAGCAGCGUCUUACAUCUUGGUUUAUGCCAAGCAGGGAAAGAGUAAACAUACUGGCAUAUGGAAUGCUAAGACCUUAGUUGAAAGUUGCUGUAAUCUUAUUGAGAUUGACCCCGAGCGAGUUGCAAACGGAGACAAGUAUGCAUUUCCAGAGAUGGGAAUUGAGGAGGAACUGUGUGGGAAAGUAGUGGUGUUGCAUGUAAAGAAAUGAUGUUUAUGAUAUUUAUGAAUCUGUGAUAAAAAAAUUACCAUAUGUAUGCAUUCUGCAGCUGAAUCAAAGAUUUUCACAUGGUGCAUGUUUACUGAUGUUAUAGAACAUGGUUGUUACCUCAAAGCAAUUCAUUUACCGGUAAGCUAAAUGUUUGUUAGAAAUAAAAUUAAAAUGGUAAAAAUUGUUUCCGCUGUAAUAACCAUGCUGAAGAAUUAUGUUUCUAAAAAACGUGGAUACCCACUGAAAAUGAAAGCUGAAUAAUUGUUUGGUUAGUUUUGAAAAUGAAAGCCAUUUUAUAGUUCCUUGCGUGACAAAAUAAUAAGUAUAACCAUGUUGGCCUUCAUAUGUAAGGCCAUUCAAAUGGUAAGUAACGUGUGAAGACAGUUUGAGGUAAACAGACUCUUAUUAAAUGAUUGUUGUAUUAUUUCACAAUAUUAUAAUGUUUAUUAUUCAUGUAAGAAAUCCAAUCAAAAUUUAAUUAACAUUUUGUCAGGAUAAGAAGAUGGUGCUUGUGUAUUUUCCGUACUUAGUGUUAUGCAUUUUUAUGUACAGUUAACUGAAAUCUCAGCAUAGCGCAGCAGUAGUUUGUAGCUUUUUGUUGGUACCAUCUGAGUGAUGCAUCCACAAUAUUAACCAGUUUGGUGCAAAAAAUGUGUCAACUUGGUUUUUGCAAAAAAAAGUAAAUUUGAUUUGUUUGUUUUUUAAUUUCUUGAUAUGAGCGGGUUCAGUUGUUCUGGUGAUGUAAAUGUAAAUUUUUGACUAAAUUUUCUUACACCAAAUACGUGAAAUAGAAAACCUCACUAAGGGCACUAUUGUGACUAGCGGGGCAACAAUCAACUCUGUAUUCACAAUCAUUAGCCAACUCCACAUCCAAGCUGGUCACUAUGACAUUGUGGUAUUCUAUUGCAAUUAUAGGAAUAAACACAUUAACACCAAGUCUAAUAUCUUGUGUAAUAUUUAUGCCCCCCUUCGAAGAAGAGGGGGUAUAUUGUUUUGCACAUGUCAGUCCGUCGGUAGGUCGGUCCGUCUGUCCACUAGAUGGUUUCCGGAUGAUAACUCAAGAACGCUUACGCCUAGGAUCAUGAAACUUCAUAGGUACAUUGAUCAUGACUGGCAGAUGACCCCUAUUGAUUUUGAGGUCACUAGGUCAAAGGUCAAGGUCACAGUGACAACAAACGUAAUCACACAAUGGCUGCCACUACAACUGACAGCCCAUAUGGGGGGCAUGCAUGUUUUACAAACAGCCCUUGUUUAAUGUUCAAAUGGCUGAGCUCUUUAGUAUUCUUCUUAUUCCUGAAAGUCUUUAGAAAUAGCCUUUGCAAAGUUGUGUCAAAUAAUGUUACAAAACGUACCAUAAAACUUAAACAUAUUCUACCUAAUGUUUUUUAAUUAAAAUUAUAUAUAAAAUGAGCAUUUUCUGUAAAUGCUUUUGGCUUGAAUUUCUAUUUUGAGAUGGAUGUCAUUCAGUCCAUAUACAGGUACUGGAAAACAGUGUCUGGUCCAUAUACUUUUUUCGGUUGCAUUUUUGCAUUUUAUGGACCUUAACUGUCAAAAAAGAUGAAUAUGGACAAAUGUAUGUAAAGUUCAAUAUAGAGGGAAUAUUAAGUGACGGUGGUUUUCGGAUGGGUUGUAUCAUCUUAGUUGUUUGUGAUGUUGUAUUCAUGAAUUGGUAUAUGAAUUUUUUUUAUACACCUCCUAACAUUAAAAAAAUAAAAAAUACUGUUGAAAACAAGGAUUGUAGUUAUAAUCAAAACAUUAAUGCAAAAUACAAAUAAAUCACAUCUUACAGUAAGACAUACAUGAAUUUUAUUUUUUGACAUUAACAAUGUCUUGUGUGUGUUGCUCAAAAUGUUACAGAUAUUAACUACACAUUACUUAUAACAGUAAUCCAGCCAUUGAAUGAAGAAACAGAUUUCACACUGAUAGGUACAUAAUUCCUAUUGUAUUGCUUAUUUUUGUAGUGGGUUUACCCCUUUAUUUUAGUCAAAAUAUCUACAGGUAUAUAUUAAAUAUUAUAUAUUUCUUUUCUUACAUUUUUCAAUUGUAUACUUUGUUGUCUGUAUUUUUUAAUAUUUCUGUGUUCGAUUUGUCUUGUAAUAACUUGAUGCAAGUGUUUUGUCUCACUAAUUAUGUAUUUCACAGAGUUCAAUGUUAUGAUGUUAUCCCCUUUGAAUGGCAUUUCAAGCACUCUUUAUUGUUUAUAAGAUUGAUUUUCUUUUGUUGGUUAUUUGAAACCAUUACUUUUCUGCUCUUAAAGACAAAUAGUUAUUAACUUUUUCAUGAAAACUCUUGAAUUUCUUUAAACAUAAUAUAAAACUCGUGCCGUUAAAUGAACCUGUUCCUUUAACAUAUGUUAAGUUAAUAAUGACUUUUUCAAUGUCCAUGUAUGUGCAAUAUAACCAUAACUAGUUCAGAGCAUUUUGUUUGCUGUGAAACCUUGUAUGAAGUAAAUACUGUAUUGUUCAUGUUAGUUUUUGUUGAUUUUAGACGUUGUUAGUCUUUAAAAAAAUGGUAAAGGAUAUCUUUGUUACUGUUUAAUGUUAUGUGUAAAUGAACAAAAAAAUCCAAAUAAAUGUUUGAAUAUUUUCUGCUAAUGUUGACAGAGCAUCUUUAUUAACUUGAUUUCUUCCAAGACUUCAUGUUGAAGUUUUUUUUGUUAUUGUAUUUAACGCUUUUCCACUCAGGAGCAAAGUGAAAAUGGCUAUGUGCAAACAUCAUAAAACCAGAACAGCCUGCGAGUAACUCGCAGUCUGUUCAGGUUUUAUGCUGUUUGCUAAUCAUCAGUAUCUAAGGGCUGAAAAUGACACCUUAAAACUUGAAUCUGGUAAGAAUUAAUUAAUUAAUCAAACUAAACUUUCUAAGGGACUACAAAUGUGUCAAAAUACGUAUCUCAGUGGUAAAGGGUUAACUUGAGAGGUUUUCGAAAUUAUGUCACUUAACCAGAACUUGUUCUAAUAAAUUAAAAAAUUAAACAGAAAACAGCAUUUGUUAAAUAUAUUUCAAGGAUAUUGAAAAUAUCACAUUAAAAAAAUAAGUUUUUAAAUGAUGUAUAUCUGACAGAGUUUUACCAGUUGGUAAUGCUGAAUGUAGAUGUAGUAGCUAAUUUGAUUAAGAAGUACAAAUCAGGGUAUUUUACACGUUUUGGAAAGAUUUUCACAUGGAUUUGUGUUCUUUUUUUUUAGAUUUUUUUAUGUACUCCUUAGUUUAGUAUAUACUGUUCAUAUAAAGCAAAUAUCUAUUCGCACUUGUUUAUUUAUUCCAAGAACACACUUAUAUUGAUAUAGAGAAAUAGAAGUUUUAAGUCUG